GGUCGCGCCUUGACCUCCUCGACCAUUGUCACUCACCUCACUAUCUGCAUCUGUACCCCCUCUUCUCCGAUAUCGGAUGAUAUAGGCAGAAUUGAACGUCUGGAAGCGUCCUAACAAAGCUACCAUCAUGAAAUUCUUCAUUGACGACCUACCUAUCAUCUUCCCUUAUGACCGCAUCUACCCAGAACAAUAUGCGUACAUGUGUGACCUGAAGAGGACUCUGGAUGCGACAGGACAUUGCGUUCUCGAGAUGCCGUCUGGGACCGGGAAGACCGUGUCCCUACUCUCGUUGAUCGUGUCCUACCAACAAUUCUACCCCACCCGCCGGAAACUGGUCUACUGCUCGCGUACCGUCCCCGAGAUCGAGAAAGCGUUGGCCGAGCUGAAGCGACUGGUCGCGUACCGCAUCGAAUGUGCCGAGACGGAAGAGGAGAAGGAGAAGGAGCGCGGUUUCACCGGGCUGGGAUUGACGAGCCGAAAGAACCUGUGCAUCCACCCCGAGGUCGCGAAAGAAAAGAAGGGCAAAGUGGUCGAUGCGCGGUGCCGGGAUUUGACCAAUGCUGUGGCUUGCGAGAAGGGGCGGGCAGAUCCAGGCUCUGUCGAGCUUUGUGACUGGCAUGAAAAUCUCGGGCAAAUGGAGCCCGGCAGCCUGAUACCCCCGGGUAUCUGGACGUUGGCUGAUGUGCUUGACUACGGGAGGGAAAAGAGUGUCUGUCCAUACUUUACCGUCCGCAGGAUGAUGCCAUUUGUCGAUGUCGUCAUCUACUCUUUCCAUUAUCUCCUGGACCCCAAAGUCGCCGAGCAGGUGUCCAAAGAGCUGUCCAAAGACGCUAUCGUGGUGUUCGACGAGGCGCAUAACAUCGACAAUGUGUGCAUCGAAUCCCUGAGCAUAGAUCUGACGCGGCCGAUGCUGGACUCUGCAGGGAGGAGCAUCAUCAAGCUGGGCAAUGAGAUCGAGAGUGGGAUAAAAACCAAGGAUGCUGCGAAGCUUCAAGAUGAAUACGCGCGUCUUGUGCAAGGUCUCAGAGAUCCUGAGGAGGAUGAAGAUGCGUUUAUGUCGAACCCACUGUUACCUGACGAUCUUUUGACUGAGGCCGUUCCGGGGAACAUCCGCAAGGCCGAACACUUCGUGGCUUUCCUGAAGCGCUUCGUGGAGUAUCUCAAGACUCGAAUGCGCGUGCUGCACGUCGUGGCUGAAACACCGCUGUCUUUCCUGCAACACCUGAAAGAUAUCACAUAUAUCGAACGAAGACCAUUGAGAUUCUGUGCUGAGCGCCUGCAGUCUUUGAUUCGCACAUUAGAAUUGAGUCGCUUGGACGAAUACUCGGCACUUCAGAAAGUGGCUAGCUUUGCGACGCUGGUCUCGACCUACGAGAAAGGCUUCCUGCUGAUUCUGGAACCUUUUGAAACGGACAACGCCUCGGUGCCAAACCCUGUGUUCCACUUCACCUGCCUCGAUCCGUCGAUUGCCAUCCAGCCUGUCUUUGAGCGCUUCAGUAGCGUGGUGAUCACCUCGGGGACGAUAUCUCCCCUGGACAUGUAUCCCAAGAUGCUCCAGUUCACGCCUGUCGUUCAAGAAACGUACCCGAUGACGCUAACUCGCAAUGCAUUUCUGCCACUGGUCAUCACACGAGGAAGCGACCAAGUCGCAGUCAGCUCUCGGUUCGAGGUCAGGAACGACCCUGCCGUGGUUCGCAAUUAUGGUAGCAUUCUGGUGGAAUACAGCAAGAUUGUACCAGACGGAAUCGUUGCGUUUUUUCCCAGUUACCUCUACAUGGAGUCCAUCGUCGCAGCCUGGAAUGACAUGGGCAUUCUCAACGAAGUCUGGAAGCACAAGUUGAUUUUCGUCGAGACCCCGGAUGCCAAUGAGACGAGCAUCGCUCUCGAAAAUUACCGACGGGCAUGUGACAAUGGGCGCGGGGCUGUGUUGCUUUCCGUCGCUCGAGGGAAGGUCUCCGAGGGAAUCGAUUUCGACCACAACUACGGCCGGGCUGUGAUCAUGUUUGGGGUUCCGUAUCAGUACACAGAAAGUCGGAUACUCAAAGCGCGUCUGGAAUAUCUGCGAGACGCGUACAGAAUACGCGAGUCCGAGUUCCUUGGUUUCGAUGCCAUGCGCAAUGCUGCUCAGUGUGUCGGGCGUGUCCUCCGAGGAAAGACCGACUGGGGCUUGAUGGUCUUCGCGGACAAGCGUUUUGCGAGGAGCGACAAGCGCGCCAAGCUGCCGCGCUGGAUCAACCAAUAUAUCACCGAAACGGCUGCAAAUCUGUCCACAGACAUGGCCCUGAAUCUCUCCAAGAUAUUCAUGCGCGGGAUCUCGCAGAAUCCCGAAGAAAACUCGACAGGCAUUUCGCUGUGGACAUUGCAGGAUGUCCUCAAAGCACAGGAAAAACAGAAAGCGCUUGCCCUGCAGGCAAAAGAGGAGGAGCAGGAACAAGACGAAUAUGGUGACGAUGAUAUCACAGACCAGAUGCUCAUGGAUCUAGAUAUCUAGUGCAUUUGUGUUAUAUUAGUCCCAGAAUCAAUACACUCAUGUCACGAGCACGUGAGCUAUGACAUCACGCGUACCGUUAACUCACUUCUUUUCGUUCCUCUUUACGCGCACGGUUGAGCCACCCAGCUAUUGAUGGCGGACCAUGGCCUCGUUUCUAUGCGCGUCAACUCGGCACUUCUCCCGAGGUUCAAAGGAAAGACCGUCCGUUUGGUCUGUCGCCCUCUUCGAGCGGAGGGGCGCGGAUGGCUUGUGCAGGCAUGCGACGGGGGUGAGGUUUCCGUCGAUCUGAGUACCUCCCAACUCUCUGCCAACGGAUCGCACUUUGAAGUCAUCGGAGAUGUGGUCGGGGACAAGGCGAUCAAGCUCGCCCGGGCAGUGGACCUGGGACCAGAUCUCGAUAUGCAGCUCGUCAACGACACUAUACACCUCAUUCACGAUCCCAGAUUCUACAGCAGCAUCUUCGCGGAUUAGGGAAGGCGGAACACCGCGUUUCAAUGAGCAAAGCAAUCUCACCCAUUUAUCUGCAUUGUGUACCACUUCUACUACUGUACACUACGAGCACACCAUCUAAGCCGCUAUUUUGCGGGCAAUUUUGCUUGGUUUCGAAGAACUUGACAAGAAU